AGCGAGUUUCCUGCAGCUGGCGCGCUGCCAAACAAGCAAGGCGAGGUGAGCGCACUAGGAAGAGAAUGUUCGGUCAACGGCAGUGUUGCGCCUGGUGAGGUGCGCGCGAGGUAUAUAACGGUCCGUUGGCAGAACGGCGCCCACACUACGCUACGCGCUGCCGCCACUGCUGCGACUGAUACGGCGAAGAGUGUUUAGCUUCAAAGUCGUGAUGAGUGUCAUAUCCACAACGGUGCUGGUGUUCGCACUGUACGGGAUAUUCUCCUGCUUUGCAACGCAAGCAGAAGAGGAGAGGCCAGUGUGGACGUGGGAGUGCCGCGAGAGCCGAUGCGAGAAGGUGGCCGCCGGUGAGGGCGAGGCGCAGUCGCUGGGCGCGUGCCGGCUGGCGUGCGACCCCUGGGCGACGCUGUGGCCGCGGCCGCGCGGCGGCCUGCAGAGGACGCCGGGCCGCCUGCUGGCGCUCAACCCGUACAGCGUGUCCGUGGAGGCGGCGGGCCGCGACCUGCAGCCCGCCGUGCGCCAGCUGCUGCAGGAGGCGGCACGCAUCUUCCACAGGAAGGUAGAGCGCAAGGCGCGCACCAGCGCCAAGCAGCGGUCCGCCGGCGAGCGUCGCUCCCUCUUCGUCACGCUCACCGUCAACGACGGACGGACUCGCUCCUUCCACACGGACACCUCGGAGGCCUACUCCCUCUCCAUCUCGGAGGUCACUGCUGGCAGGGUAAAUGUGGCUGUAAUGGCAGACACAUUCUUUGGUGCACGGCAUGCACUGGAGACACUGUAUCAGCUUAUUGUGUAUGAUGACAUCAAUAAGCAGUUGUUGUUGCUGUCAGAGAUAAACCUUUCUGACAGUCCUGCUUUCCCACACCGUGCCAUCGCACUUGAUACUGCAAGAAGCUAUUUUUCUGUUGCUUCCAUCAAGAGGACAAUUGAUGCUAUGGCUGCAAAUAAACUCAACACUUUCCACUGGCAUAUUACUGACUCGCACAGUUUUCCAUUUGUUUCUGAGACUUUCCCAAAACUUAGUCAAUAUGGAGCAUACUCACCAGAAAAGGUGUAUACUCCUGAUGACAUAAAAUCAGUUGUGGAAUAUGCCAGAGUGCGAGGGGUUCGCAUUAUACCAGAGUUUGAUGCUCCUGCACAUGUGGGUGAAGGAUGGCAGUGGGUGGGAGAUAAUGCCACAGUAUGCUUCAAAGCUGAUCCAUGGUCUCAGUAUUGUGUGGAACCUCCAUGUGGUCAACUGAAUCCCACCAGUGAAAAGAUGUAUCAAGUACUUGCUGGUAUCUAUAAGGACAUGUUAAAUGUUUUUGACUCUGAUGUCUUUCACAUGGGAGGAGAUGAGGUCAACAUGAACUGUUGGAACACAUCUGAAGUGAUAACAGACUGGAUGGAUGCAAAUGGCAUACCUCGCACAGAGGAAGGCCUUCAUGAAUUGUGGGACAGAUUCCAGAGCCGAGCAUACUCUUUGUUGGCAGAGGCAAAUGGAAAGAAGGAGCUACCCGUUAUACUGUGGACUAGCACUCUCACAGACGUGGCCCAUGUUGACAAAUAUCUUGACAACAAACGUUACAUUAUACAAAUCUGGACUCGUGGCACAGAUCUGGUAAUACCAGAACUUAUCAGGAAAGGAUUUAGAGUAAUUUUCUCCAACUAUGAUGCUUUGUAUUUUGAUUGUGGAUUUGGAGCAUGGAUUGGGUCCGGCAACAACUGGUGUUCACCAUAUAUUGGGUGGCAGAAAGUAUAUGACAACAAUGUGUGGGACCUGUUAUCAGCAUUUGGUAUAGAUGUUGGAGAGGGUUCAGAAGCACGGAAGUUGGUGCUUGGCAGUGAAGCUGCACUGUGGUCCGAGCAGGCUGAUGAGUUUGCACUUGAUGGACGUUUCUGGCCCCGUGCUGCUGCCCUUGCUGAACGUUUAUGGACUGAUCCUGUAGAAGGCUGGAUGUCAGCUGAACACAGAUUCCUGAUUCAGAGGCAGAGGCUUGUUGAUGAGGGCAUUGCUGCAGAUACCAUAGAGCCUGAGUGGUGUCUACAGAAUCAGGGUCACUGCUAUGCAUAAGGGAUACAUGGCACAAUGUGUUUGUGUAUGAACAAGUAAUACUGAAUGAUCCAAGACUGUAAGAAAUAUCAUGAAGAUACAGAAAUUGACAAUCGUUUUUUGAAUGAUACAGCUUAGUUUAAGGAGCAAACUGAGGAGGCUGUGUAAUAGAUAUAACUGGUUUUAUGAUGACUGACACUAUAUUAAACUGCAUUUUUUGUAUGUGAGAUUGCUGCACCAAUAUUUCUAAUAAUUAUAUGAAAUGAUUCUUAGAUUGUACAGUACAGAAUACAAUCAUAAAUAAAAAAUUAUUACAAUUUUUUUAAGGUUUAAUGAUCUUUAAAUCAAUGCCUAUGCAUAAAUUAUGAACAGCAACCAACCACAUGGCCACAGAUAAGAGUGAUACUGUACCUCAGAACCCAGAGUGAUUUUGUGAUCUGUUACCUAUGUGUGAUCAACAUUAUUCAUUGAUUUGUAGGCAAACAGUUGACUUUUCCAAUUUUUAUUUGUCGUUUACACUUUGGAGUUCAAUUGUUACAUUAAAUCAAACUCUGACCAGAGUGUACAGUGUGUUUUGAAUAAGACUGUCAUCAUUGUGAAUAUUUGACUGUUACCUAGAAAAUAAAGAAAUUUUUUACAGA